AGUGUCUCCUCUGCAGAAGUCUGAGAUAGUGGACGUGGUUAAGAAGCGGGUAAAGGCCAUUACCCUGGCCAUCGGGGACGGUGCCAACGACGUUGGGAUGAUCCAGACCGCUCACGUGGGCGUAGGCAUCAGCGGGAAUGAAGGCAUGCAGGCGACCAACAACUCGGAUUAUGCCAUCGCGCAGUUUUCCUACUUGGAGAAGCUCCUGUUGGUUCACGGCGCCUGGAGCUACAACCGCGUGACCAAGUGCAUACUGUACUGCUUCUACAAGAACGUGGUCCUCUACAUUAUCGAGGUGAGCAAGGUUAACCUCUUCGCCGAGGCGGAAGGCCUUCACGUAUUGAAGGUAACUUCAAGAGAGGAUGUUGUUCGUGUAGAGCUGAAGAAAAG